ACUCCCGACCGUGACAUAUUGUUAUGCUAAUGUUUCUGCCAGUGUAACCUGCAACACUUACGCAUGCCUGCUACAGUCAUUACCAAAUGCACUGUCUUACCCGCCCCAGCCAACUUGCUGGGACACAAUAAUGUGACUUUGAACUGGCUAGCUACGCUUUUAUUUCUUUCCGUUCCUGUACAGGACAAGAAAACAUGUUUCUGGCGUGGAUAUGUCGAGGAUUAGACAUGUGUGAUACUCAAUUGGUCUUAUCACAUUUGUACCUUUAAUCUUUGGCUGUUUUCUUUGCCUUGUCUUAUCGCCUUUGUCUUCGUUCUGUCUUCCCCAUCAUGGUUGCAGCUUUGCCAUCCCGUAGGAUACAUGGCAGUGUCUGUCCUAACAAACAUGAAGAGCCUCUCUUUGACAACACACUCGUGGAUACAUCACAAGAGCAUUCUUUACACCGAGGACUCAAAGCCAGACAAAUUUCCAUGAUAACGCUCGGUGGUUCCUUGGGCACUGGUCUCAUUAUUGGAUCUGGUACAGCCUUAACUCGAGGAGGUCCACUAGGGCUUUUUGUCGGAUACUCAUUUAUGGGACUCAUCUGUUAUCUUGUGAUGAUUUCUUUGGGUGAAAUGGGAGCAUAUCUACCUCACAAGAAAGGAUUUGCAGGCUAUGCAACGAGAUAUGUGGAUCCUGCCUUCGGAUUUGCCCUUGGAUGGAACUAUCUCUUCAAGUAUUUCAUCCAGACGACAAAUAAUGUUAACGCUGCUGGCGCUGUGGUUCAAUACUGGACGCUAUCCGUUCCUAUUGAGGUGUGGAUGGUAAUCUACAUUGCGAUUAUCUUCUCGGUUAAUCUUUUAGGCAUUCGUUUCUUUGGAGAGUUUGAGUUCUGGUCUUGCAGCAUCAAAGUUAUAGCUCUUGUUGGCCUGAUUUUGAUGGGACUCGUUAUUGACCUUGGUGGAAACCCUCAAGGUGACCGCAUCGGCUUCAGGUACUGGAGAUACCCAUAUGGUCCUAUGGGUACUUACCUCCUCGAUCAAGUCCAUAAUUCACCCCUGUCGAUGUUUCUCGGAUUCUGGAGCACGCUGACCACCGCUCUAUUCUCUUACAUUGGCACAGAGUUGAUUGGGGUCACUGUAGGCGAAGCCCAAAAUCCACGGAAGAACAUUCCCAAGGCCAUAAGGAGAAUGUUCAUCCGAAUUCUGGUAUUCUAUGUCGGCGGUACAUUUGUCAUCAGCUUAACUGUGCCAAGUACAAAUAAUACACUCUUUGUUGCGAAUACUUCCAAAGCAGGUGCUGCGGCUUCGCCUUUUGUUGUAGCUACCACCAUAGUCGGGAUAAAAGUUAUAAAUCAUGUUAUCAACGCCGUCGUUCUUAUAUUUGUGCUAAGUGCAUCAAAUUCUGAUUUGUAUAUUGGUUCGAGAACACUGUAUGGCCUCGCUGUGGAGCGAAAGGCACCUCGGAUAUUUGCCAAAGUUAAUCGCAUAGGAGUUCCCUGGCCAGCAUUGAUACUUUGUACUUCAGUAUGUUUUUUGACUUUCUUGAAUGUUAGUUCUUCAAGCUCCGUAGCGUUUGGUUGGUUUGCAAACUUGAUCGCAAGUUUCGGAGCCAUAACAUGGAUGUGUAUAUCUUACACCCAUAUAGCCUUCAUGAAAGCUUUGGCUGCCCAAGGGGUGUCUCGUGAUACUCUUCCAUACAAAGCACCGUUUCAGCCUUAUGGUUCCUGGUUUGCGUUAGUAUUCACUGGAAUUGUACUUCUCUUCAAUGGCUUCAGCACCUUCAUACCAUUUUCGUCCGCUACCUUUCUGACGUCAUACAUCGCGAUCCCGAUAUUUUUGGUGCUCUGGCUAGGCUACAAGGUUUUCUGCAAGACUAAAACUAUCCCCGCGUCACAAGUAGACCUGGUGACUGGUAAGAAAGAGAUCGACGAAGAAGAAGAGCGUUUCAUAGCUGAGGAAAAGUUGUUGGGUACAAAGUCCGUGAUGGGAAGAGUAUGGGAUGCCUUAUGA